AUGGGGGAUAAGAGCUUUAUGUCUUCUACUGGGCCACUUUUCCAAGGGAAACAAUUCUGGUUAUCACACAAUAUUCCCCAACGAAGUAGAUUCAAAGACCUCAUUCAGCAACAUGGUGGUGUCAUAAGGCUCCAUGAGAAGGAUGCGGAUGUCAAGUUGGUUGACCAUGCCAGAAAGAAUCUCCCACCGGACACGUAUUCGUAUCGGUACGUUGAGCGGUCUGUCCGUAACGGAAAGCUGGAGGAUCUUGAAAGUCACAGAGCUGGGCCAUCCCCAGCUCGCGCUGUCGGGGCCACAAAUAUCCCAAGCAGAAGACAUCUGAUUCCAUACACUUUAGAAGAUGACCAGUGGCUAUGGGACCGGAUGGAACCGUACGAGAAAGAUCCCAACGCCUUCAUAGGAGGCAACAAAAUAUAUGAGGAACUAGCUAUGCAGGCUUCGUGGGCGCCGCGUCCGGGGGGUAUGUCGAAACCAGAUCUUCCUGCAUCCGCCGAGAAGGACAGCCGCCAGAAAGCCACACAGAGAGAGCAAUCCUCACCGAGGUCACAUAGAGAGCAACCCCAACACGAUAUUCCAGUUAUUCAUGAGCUAGGCGAUAAGAAACGAAAACAUACACCAGAACACAACUCUGAUAUCGAAUUAAAUGGAGUGCACCUUGCGAGUCAAAAGAGGAGAGCGAUCGACAAGAUACCCAAAGGCUUAGUUCCCACUAUGAUACAUGCACAACAGAACAAAUCCCCACACAUUGAAACGACUUCAACACCCGCAACUUCAGUUGCUAAUGAGACACAUAUAACUCACGACCCUACAACGAACAUAUCCGAACCUGUACAACCCCAAAAAGCAAAGUCCCCAGACCAUGAUCCAGAAAACGCCCUUGAUCCCUUGUUUUUAGAACUGCCUUUCUUGCCGUCAAGUCCAGACUCCGAGCCUGAAGAGCCGCCAGAGCAAGACAUCGACGCUUGGAUUGAUCAUCGUCUGCAAACAGGGAGAGCACAGAAUGAGGAGCAAAUAAUUCAGGCUUUACGCUGCACUAGCAUGGACCCGUAUCUUGCCGAUAAGGUCCUUGACUAUCUGACUGCAGGAGAAGGCAUUCCCGACAAUAUGCCUGGGGUGUGGACGGCUGAAGACGACAGAUGUUUCGAGGCUCAAGAGACCCGAACCAUCGAACAAGUCCUGAAGAAGCAUGGCUCGGAUGCAUUUAACCACCGGUGGGAAUAUCUUGGAAUGGCAAAAGCUGCUGGCCUCGAUGGGUCAGAUAGCUGA